AUGGCUCAAGGAGAGACUUUUAAACCUGGUGAACCAUACACACAUCGUCUUAGCAAAAUUCUUGAAGAAUAUCCAGAUGGGUCUCAAAUUAUUCGUGAAAUUCUUCAAAAUUCUGAUGACGCCAAAAGUAGUUCACAGGUCUUUAUACUUGACCGUAAUUUUUAUCAAUCCAACAACCUGUUGAAACCAGUGAAAAAAAGUGAUAAAACAAACUUAAAAUUGGACCGUUAUCAAGGUCCUGCUCUUUUAGCAAAGAACGAUACAAUUUUUGAAGAGCGUGAUUUUGAUUCCUUAAAGAAAUUGGCUAAUAGCGAAAAGUAUGAUCAAUUUGAUAAGAUUGGUGUCCAACUUAUUACUGGUGAUAAUUUUCUUAUUCUUGAUCCGCAUGAGAAUUAUUUUGAUGGUGGAAUAAAAAUUGACUUUGUUAAAAAUAACUUGGCUGCACUCUACCCGGAUCAAUUUGCUCCUUUUCGCGUUCCGUGCGACCAAAAAUUUAAAGGCUCCUUAUUCCGUUAUCCCCUUCGCACUGCCCAAGAUGCGUUGGAAUCGGAAAUUUCAAAAAAGGCUUAUAGUCCAGAUCAAAUUUUGGAAAUGUUUCAAACUUUUUAUGAAAAUGAAAGCAUUAAUUGCCUUUUAUUUUUGAAAUAUAUUGAAAGUAUCGAGUUUUAUGAACUUGGUGAAAAUGAAACUGAACUAAAAUUGCUCUAUUCAAUCGAAAUCGUAAACCCCGAACGAAUUCGAGCAGAACGAAGAAAAAUCGCUGAAAGUAUUGGACCUAUGAUGGAUUCUCUUACUAAGAAAAAAAAUUCAAAAAUCACUGCCUUAGAGACCGCGUUUAUUGCUGAAUUCCGCCGAAAAAGAGGCGAUGAUGAUCCUCAAGUGGAUCAAUGGAUUAUAUUUACUUGGCUUGAUGAUUUGAAUGCUGCAGAAAAUUAUUUUCAAAAUAAUUUUAAGAAAUCCAUUAGUACAUAUAAAUUCAUUCCUAACGUUGGAAUCGCAUUACCACUUAAUGAUACUUGGGCAAAAUUUUUGGUUAGACUUCCCAUUGAGGUACCAAGAAUCAAUAAAUCGGAAUUUUAUGAUUUUUGGCCUAUUGUUCAAAAGUCUAUUUCUGGAAGUUCCACCAAUUUCUUUGAAAGAUUAUUGCUUAGUACUGUUGAAAAUCUCAACAUUGAUGAUGAAGUUUUUUGUGGACCAUCAGUUUCGUAUGCGCUUGGCAAUGUUGUUGAAAUAUCUCAAAAGAGCUUUACAUCACAUAAAACUGAAUUUCAUUUGUUAUCAAUCGAUAAUGGAUAUUUUCCUGAUGAGUAUGCAAGUGAUGAGAUUUCAAAAAUUGUUGGCAGUAUAGGAUUUCCUGUAAUUAAUAUAAAGUUAGAAGUGAAAGAUGCACUAAAAAAAUCACAACUCAAAAAUUCCUUGAAAUUUUUUUCACCACAAAUAAUUAGAAAAUAUCUACACAAAAAUAAAGCAAAAUGGGAAAAUCAAUUGUCACGAAAAGAAAAAUUAUCCUUGCUUUCAUAUAUACUUGAAGAUAAAAGUUAUAUUGAAUUAGAUGGUCUGUCAAUGAUUCCGUUAGCCAAUAAAGAUUUGGGUAACUUUUCAAAGAAUACAAAUUGCAUUAUAUAUAUCGGUCCAGAUAAGGAUCAAAGACUUGGUAUUAAUGAUGAACGAAAUAUAUUUAAAAAUAGCUUAAGUAAAUUUAUUGAUAAAGAUAUUCCUCAUAAACUUUGGAAUCAAAUUUUUGAAGGCACAAAGAGUGGAUGGUGCCUUAAUGUUAAGAUUUUGACAGCUACGGCAAUGGCUGAUUUGAUAACUAAAUCAUUGGAGGGAUACACUAAUACCAUUGAUGAGAUCCCAUUAAAGAAUUCUCGUGAAUGGAUUAAUCAAAUAUGGUAUAAUUUUCUUGAAAGGCAGUAUAACUUAGAUAAUUUUAAGGAUAUUCAUCUCUUACCAACAAAUAGAGGAACUCUUCGUAAAAUAAGAACAGUUCAGAAAUGCUUUUGGAAUAGUAUUGAUAACAAGCUCGAAAAUAAAAUUCAACCACUUAUUGAGAAAUUUGGAAUUGUAUUUGUUGACAAAGAAUUCGAAAAACAUGAUCAAAAUUUGAACUCUCAAGAAGCAAACGAGUUGAUAGACUAUUUAUGUCGCCAUUUUCGUCCUUCUAAUACCGCUAACUAUGGCCUUAUUAUUAAACACCUUCCAAUCUUUUCGGAAGUUGACAAAGAUGAGUUAAUUGCUCUAAUGCCUGGAACUAAAGAAUGGUAUCUACUUCCAACAGAAGAUGAAAAAAGUUAUGGGCAUAUUAUUGCACCCACUGAUGUAAAUGGUUUUCUUGAUGCAACUAUGUCAAGUUCAAGAUUUCUUAUGGAAAAUAUUAUCAAGAUUUCUCGAUUGUCUCAACAAGAAUAUUGGUGCAAAUUUGUUAUCCCGUAUCUGGAAUAUCAACCCACAAAUGUUUUAAAAAUUGUAAUAACAAAGCUUUUUGAAAGAUUGAUGCAAUUACUUUCUGGAGAUUCAAAGUUGAAAAGUAUAUUGGAGAAAACAGCAUUUGUUCCAUCUGGAUCAAUUCAAUCGCAACCCAAUGAUAGCGCAAAAUAUGAAUUACAUAAACCGAUCGAUUUAUAUGAUCCUGAUAAUUGGAAAAUUUCUGAAUUGUUUUUCGAUGAUGAAAUUGUAUUUCCUAUAAAAAACAUCGCUGAUUAUAAACACCGGAUUUUGCCGUUAUUAAGAGAGCUAGGGAUGAAAACAUAUCUGUCAUUAGAUGAUAUCAUUCAACGAUUAAAAAUUAUGAAUGAACGUAAAGAAAUUUCUAAUCUGAGAGAAAUAGUACACAAAAAAUCAAUGAAGCUAGUUCAAUAUAUUGAUUUGCAUUUUGACAAACUUAUCGGAGGCAAACAACAAUUUCGAUCUAAUAAUGUAUCAACUAAUAAUAAUAGUCAACUUCAACAAUUGUCCAUGAUGUUCUUAAGUACUGAGUGGCUUCCCACAAUCGAUCAUACAGGAAAACAACGAUUCUCGAAGCCAGAAGAUUGUCGAGACAAGCAACAUAAAAAUACUGUAGGUUUAAUAAUGCCGAUUCUAGAAUAUUCACUUAACAAUAAAUCAUUUUCUACUUUGCUGAGAUGGAAUUCAUAUCCGCCAGUUGAUAUUGUGCUCAGACAACUUAAAGCAUGUAAUUCUCAAUCACGCGAUCAAUUAUAUAAGUAUCAUCAGAAACCUGACAAAAUAUGUGAAUCAAUUUAUAAGUACAUGAAUGAAGCAUUAUCAGCCAGAGAUCGAGAUCAGCAGUCACGAAUGGAAGUAGAAAAAUUUAAAGAACUUUUAUUGAAAGAAGAAAAUUGGAUUUUUUGCAAUGAUCGAUUUUAUCCAUCAAGCAGAGUAGUAUUUGAGCUAGAUGAUAGCUUAAUCAGUGAUACGUCAGUAAUAAUACAACUUCCACCAAAAUAUAAAUUAUAUUAUAGUGAUCUGUUUUCUGAAAUGGGAGUUAGACAAAGAGUAGAAAUCCCAGAUCUGAUCAACAUUAUUCGAGAAUUUCAUAAGGACGGGAAAACUCUAUUACAUGAUGAAAUUCAUAAGGUUAUUGUGCUUAUAGAGCAAAUAGCGAAGAAAAGAGCCGACUCUGAACAAUUAGGAAACAAUGAUAAUAGCCUAAAAGGAUUAUUGAUACCAAGUACUGAAUGUCAACUAGUUGAUUUUUAUGAUAUUCAAUAUGAUGACAUGGGGAACCGAUUGGAAGAAGAAAAAAAAAGGGAGUAUAAGAUCGCACAUCCGCAAAUAUCAUCUGCAGUUGCAAGAAUGCUUGGAAUGCAAGAACUUACUGGAAAAUUAAUCGAUGAAGCGCGAAGGCUUUGCCUAGUUAUCGAUGAAGGAGAAUUUGGAAUUCCAAAAAAACUGCUUGAUCAAAAGUCACAUUCAUUGAUAACAGAAGAAAUGAAUGAUUGGCAAGGGCCAGCUUUAUGGAUAUUCAAUGAUGCAGUAUUUACAGAAAAAGAUUUUGAAUCAUUACUAAAACUUGGUGUAGGCGGAAAAUCAAAAGACCACUCGAAAAUUGGGAAGUUUGGUAUUGGAAUUAAUGUUUCCUUUCAUUUAACAGAUCUUAUCAGUUUUGUGAGUGGUGAAUAUAUAGCAUUUUUAGAUCCAUCAGAAAGAUUUUUACCAAAAACUGGAAACCCACCUCGUCGACCACGAGGAAAACGUAUAAAUUUUCUUAAAAGUGAUUUUAAAAAUAGAUUCAAGGAUCAAGCGAAACCAUAUACCUCGACUUUUAAAGAGUGUAAUUUUACUGAAAAGUUUAAUGGAACUUUAUUUCGAAUACCCUUGCGAAAGAAUAAAAUGGUAGAAAGCAGCAAAAUUUCUACGUCAUGCCAUGAUGCUAGGGACGUUUUACAAAUUUUUGAAGCAAUUGUGGGAAAUCAAGAAAUAUUAUUUUUAAGAAAUAUUGAACAUUGUAGUUUACAGUAUUACGCCAAAGACAAAUCUAAGAAAUUGAUUUGGGAAGUUAAAAUUGAAAAUAUGGACUCCCAAAUACGUGAAAACGAAAAGUCGAAAUUUUUAGAAGACAAUUGGAACAAACACAUUUUAUUUGAAAUCUUACCACAGUUACAUGUUGCACUUUUGAAUCAUGUAGCUGAAUUAGAUAACCAAUAUCGUUUUCCAAAGUUUCAACAAGAACGAGCAUCACGGCAUAAUCAAUAUAAUGCAAUCACGACUACUAGUCUUUGGCCAGUUGUAGAUGGACUUUCGGAAAUAUAUAAAAAGUAUGCAAUAAAGGUAUUAAGGAAUUUGUAUUAUGGCAACUCUAAAAUCUGUUGGACUCAAGCAAAUGGAGGAAGGUUUAUCUCAUUUAGAGAUGCAUAUUUGGAAGAACGCAAGAACACAGUUAUUGCUGAAAUUUUGGCGGCUCAAAAUAUACCAAUCAUCAAGUUAACUGAUGAACAAAUAAGCCAUUUUAAUGAUUUACGAAGAACAGAUAAGGGUAAAACAAUAGAGCCUUUAAAAAAAAUUACUGCGCAAUUAGUUUCUGAAACUUUUCGGAGUAACCCAAAUAUAUUAAAUGGAGGAUCUCAUGAAAAUAUAUUUAAAUUGCUAAAAUUUAUUAUUCAAGAUAAGGAUUUGUCUCAUGAAAGUCUUAUUGGAUUAACAUUAUUGCCACUUAGUAAUGGUACUACUGGAACAUUCGGCGAGCGAGAGCAUUAUAUUGCAGAACCAAAACUACAAGAAUUAUUUCCCACAGCAGUGGAAAGGUCAAAAUUUGUGGCAGAAUAUCCAAAAGAUCUCAAGAUGCUUUUUAAUGACGAAAAAUUCUGUACUUUAGCCAAAAUCAAACGAGUGAAUGCAUCUUCAAUAAUCUCCUUAUUAGAAUAUGAACUACCACGCGAUAAAGAAUUAGAUUGGAAUCAGAAUGGUCCAAAUCAACAAUGGAUCAAUAAUAUAUUGCGUUAUUUUAUACCUCCAAAUGCAAGUUAUGAUUUUUCCAAAUUUGCAAGACUUCCGUUGUUACCAAUAAUUCGACCGCAAGAAAAACUUGCUUUAUUUGAUUUUCAAAAUCCUGCCUUAGCCUAUGAAGCUUCUCAUCCGAUGACUUCAAUAAUUGCAAAAUUUGGAGUUAGAUUUACAACUUUGAAAUUUCCGGAAUCAUUGGGCAAAAGUGCUUUCAUAUCUGCACAAUCUGGAAUAUUAAUUCCACAAGAUCUUCCACUUUUUACAGAAGAAAAUUCCAAAGUUUUUAGUGCGGAAUCAGAAGAUGAUUACAGUACUCUAUUUGCUCUUGAGGUCCAAACCUUAGAUUCAUUAAAAUAUGUUAAGGAGAAUCUCAUCCCUUACAUAAUUGACUUGGGGCCAACUAUUCAAUGUUUAGAGUUAUUAAAAUCUAUUAUCUUAUUAAAAAACAGAGACAUUGAAGAUCAUUUGGCAUUACAGCCCAUAAUUCCAAAUAAUUCACUAACAAAAUUAGCUAAAGCAAAUGAAUUAUACGAUGCUAAUAAUUACUUGUUUUUGACAUCAUUUAAUGAAUCUGAUAGAUUUUUACACUCAAAUUUACUCUUAAAUCCUGAAUGUUUUGAAGCAGUAAAAAGAAUGGGACUGAACUACAAAGUUAACUCUCAAAAUUUUUUGGAAUGUGCUCGUGAAAUUGAAUUGAAGAUAAAUAAUAAUAUUACCAACGCUAAUGAUUCAUCAUUAAAUGUUAUAAGAUACUUGUACGAAAAUUAUUCAAAAAUGCGGUUUUCAAAAAAACAAUGGGAAGAGUUAAUAACUAUAAAAUUCAUACCUGUUGACUUGGAUCUUCCAUACCCAUAUGCUGAACAUGCAGCAAAAAUCACAACAGAAUUUGAAUCAUUUGACUCAUUACGUUGCCAAAUUUAUAAAAAUCUUUGUUGGACUCAAUGCACACUAUUUAGUAAAUUUAUAGAUCCACCAAAACCAUUCUUAGAUUUCAUGUUAAGAGAAACUGGACAUUCGUAUUAUUAUCCACCAAUUGUUGAAAUUAUAAAGAAUUUAAUGGUUAUCGCUUUGGAAAUACCUCAAUCACCAAAUUAUUCCUCCUGGAAGUCAUCUGAUGGAGUUAAAACACUUUUAGAAAUUUUAGGAGAAAAUUACUAUACAUUGAAUCAUUUUGUGGAAAAUUCAAAUGAUACUGAAAUACUCAUCAAAGAUAAUAUAAAAGAUGCAAAGUUAUUUUUAAAUAAUGAUGAUCCGUUUAAUUCCAAUUCUUGGGUGGCAGGACGAGAUAUUGUUUUCGGAGUAGAUGAUGACGAUUUACGUAAGGUUCAUCCAUUUUUAAAAAAUUACAAGAAAUUGUUAAAAGCCGUGGGAGCUAAAGAGUUGGAAAAUGUUAGUUCUAAAGUUAAAGUAAGGAAACAUUCACAGAAAGAUGAACUACUUAAAAAAUUAUUAGAAAAUUUCAGACAACAAGAAGAAAUUAAACAUGAUGUUGUAUUUCGAGUUGGUGAAAAUAAUACAGGCAUUGAGGAUAUCUAUGCCAAUCGAUAUGUUCUUUCAGCUGCAUCUCAACAUUUUGAUAUGCUUUUAAAUGAGAGCUUAAAUGAUCCAUUGUCACAGAAAAUUAUUGUCGAAAUUGAAGGCCAGCCUUCAGCAUUCCGUAUACUAAUCCGUUGGUUAUAUGGUCAACCAUUCAAGGAAGCAUUUUAUGAAGUUUUUAAUUCUAAUAAUAAUAAUUCUAUUGAUAACUAUUCACUUUUAAUUGGCAUAAUUAAACUUUCUAAUAGAUUUGAUUUAGAUCCUUUGAAAGAACUGGCGGAAAAGGAUUUAAUUGAAGGGCCAUAUAUUAAUAUUAAGAAUGUUUUAUCUAUCAAACAAUUGGCACAAAUUAAUAGAGCCUUCCAACUUCAAACUCAUUGCGAAAAAUAUAUAAAAACAAAUGAAGAGCUAUUUUGA